UAGUUCUGUUUGUGUUCUUGAUCCUGAACGUAAACGCUCUUGGCCCUCACGUGGCGUGUGUUUGGCUCCACAGCUGCUGUGCGCUCAGGAGGAGUCCAUCCAGUGUCUGUUGGAGCAGGAAGCCUCAGUUUUGCUCAGCGACUCGCGAGGUCGUACAGCCGUCCACCUGGCGGCAGCGCGAGGCCACGCCUCCUGGCUGAGUGAGCUGCUGAGCGCCGCCUGCUCUGAGCCGCCGUCCUUACCGCCGCUGAAGGACCACGGCGGGUACACACCGCUGCACUGGGCCUGUUACUACGGUCACGAGGGCUGUGUGGAGGUCCUGUUGGAGCAGAAGGACUGCUGUUGUCUUGGCGGGAACCCGUUCACACCCCUGCACUGUGCUGUGGUGAACAAUCAUGAGUCGUGUGCAUCGCUGCUCCUGGAUGCUCUGGGCUCUGACAUCACACUGUGUGUGGACGCUAAGGGCAGGACGCCUCUGCACGCAGCAGCGUUCUCUGGACAUGUUGACUGUGUCCACUUACUGCUUUCCCACAAUGCACCUGUUAAUGCAGUUGACCAUACGGGCCGCUCUGCACUCAUGAUGGCGGCGGCGAAGGGCAGGCUCGUGGCUCUCGAGGUCCUGUUGAGCAGCGCCACAGUGAAUCUCACUCUGACAGACAAAGAUGGAAACUCCGCCCUGCACCUCGCCUGCCUUAAUGGAAAAGAGGAGUGCGUGCUGUUGAUCCUGGAGAAGCUGCCGGAACCGACGCUCAUAAACGCCUCAAAUGCAGCGCUGCAAACUCCUCUCCACCUGGCAGCUCGCAGCGGUCUGAAGCGGACCGUCCAGGAGCUGCUGUCCCGAGGAGCCAGCGUCCAGACCCUGGAUGAGGACGCGUCCACAGACGGCUUCAGGUCACGGUUCAGUGUUUUCUCCGUCCGCUUGGUGCUCUGAACUUCUUGUCAACACAGUCCAAUAAGCUCCGCCUCUCUCACAUAAAGAAGCGCUGUAGCAGGUCCCGUGAAGAAGACGAAGAGGUCGAUGUUUUACACUUUGGUCCCCCCGUGUCUCUGUGCUCGGCUGGCUAAAGGUUAACGAGACGCUGCUUCGUCCCUCCUUUGUCUCCUGUUUUGCCUUCUUGUGUCCUCCUUGUCCUGGCCUCUCUGUCUCUGUCCCUCUGCCUCAGGUUUGACCCCCGCUCUGGCUUGUGCCCCCAGCUGACCGGUGGCUGACUGUCUGGCUCUGAUUCUGGGUACCAUGAUGCAUUUUUGCUCCCCUUGCAGCUCUGGGGCGCCCUCUCCUGGCUCCCUGUUGAGGCGGCUGUCCUGCCACGGGGGUAAAGGUCCGGGUACUGGCCACCAGGAACCCCUGCAGUGAAGGAACCACUGAGAAUGAUUCUGAGGACUCGGAAACAUUCUGACACACCCUGGCUGAGCUCCACCCCCUUCCCUCAUGACAAGACGCCAGCAGCACAACGCCGGACACUUGUUUUUACACAGUGUGAGACGUCUGCAGUGUCUCAGUCUUCUGUUCUUGUUUUUAACCCAAAGUCCCACUGUCACACACAGCAGAGUAAUUGGGACGUGAACCGCUGGUCCACCCUGGACGUGCUGUCUGCUCGCUCAAUGGUGCUUCGAGCCAAAUCGAACUCAGAACAAGUGCUUGACGCAUCACUUUUGAAAAAGCCAUUUUUGUGGAGGACAAAAUUAAUCUGACAUUAAGAUGAUUUUAAGAUUUUUAUGAUUUUGGAAGGUUUGUGUAUGAAAUAUGAUUUGAUUACACGAACAGCUCCAUAGAGGGCGCCACCACUGGACGUGGACGUUUGUGCACUGGGGGUUCUGGGCGAUGCUCAGGAUUUAUGGCCCAGAAUGUCGUCAUGCUUUGAUACUGUGUUUGUCCUUCAGCAUCGUACAUGAUGGUACAUUCCAAAUGUUUUUCCUGCCCUGGUGACGGUUUCAUGAAGCGGUCGAAUCUUUUAGUCUAUUAAACUUACUUACUCGACUACGGUUUGUCGCCCAACAUUAUCCGUCCAAUCACCGUUUCACAUUGAUGGCUAAACUUUUAGAUUUGCCAUCUUAUGUUAGUCGACAAUUUACACUGAGGUUUUGUCGACUAAAAUAAGAUGAGUCUCCUCGGUAAUGCAAAACUUUAGCCGACUAAGCACUUUGUGCAACGACUAACGUCAAAAAAAGAGUUUGAGUUUAUUUGACUAAACAAGAUGAGACCGCUUUAUGAAACCGGGCCCGGGUCAUUUUGACAUCAUUUCCUGUGUCGGUACGUUUUAAUCUCAGCUCACCCAGAUUCAGGCCCUGACCCGAGUCCCUCCGAGGGUCCGUUUUAGUCGAGCCACGGUUAAAGUUCAGCUUCCCAUCGGAAGAAAAGUCAACCUAAUUUCUGAGACAAUGAAAAUAUUUACAUUUUUAUUUAUUAAUGGUACAAAUACUGCAAGUACUUAAAUACAGAUCAUGUCAUGUCUUCUGUCCCCGUUCUCUGUCACAUGUCCCAUAAUGUCCUCUUCUGUCUCACAUGUCCAGUGCCUUGUUCUUUGGAUCACUUCCUGUCAUGUACAUUUUAACCUUCACACUGUGUAAAUUCAGUUCACCCAGACUCUGCCACUGACCCGAGUCCAUCUGUGGGGUUCUGCUUCUUUUUGGAUUCUAAUCAGUAAGUAAUUAAUAAGAAUUAAAAACAAAAUGAUCUUAAAAAUGAAUGUGAACUUUUUACUUACUUUGAAAGUGUCUCGUUGGUAAAAGGCGGCGCUAAUGAAACCGUUGGUAAACCUCAUGUUCAUGUGUCAAGCAGCUUAACACUGCCGUCUAGUGGUCAAACCUGUCUUUUGGCUGUUCACAAUUUUUGGGAAAUGUCUAAAUUGCAAACACUGCAACAAAUAACCCAUAAUGCAGCUGGGCAGUCACUAUGUGCACCUUUUCCCACACGUGCACAGGUUAUUCUGGAGGAAGAAUGCGCGUCAGACAGCUAAUCGCUGUAACGUCAGACGGGAUUUAACGGCAAAGAAAGCAAUGUGCUGAUUGGUAGCACAAGUGGGCGUGGCCUGGAGGGCAAACAAAGAUUUGUUCAGGAAUUCACUUUUGUAGAAACCAGAGCGUUUGAUCAUUUAUGGCCAGAGGCCACGUGGGACCAGGACUUGGGGCCUCGAUCAGAAAACCCUCCUUUCUUAAAGAUAAAAUAGAAUUUCAGUUGCAUGUUAUCAGGAGAGGACACGUGUUGUUUUUCACUCUUUAGUUUUCCCUCCUAAUUUGUCUGCAGCUCAUCAAAAUUGUGAGAAAAUCAAUUUGUGAACCGAAAAUUUUGAAUCAUAUUGUAUUGAAGCGCUGAAUGUGUGUUUA